GCGAGAUCGCGCGCGGUGGCGGCAGCGGCGGCGGCGGCGGCAGCGGCGGCCCUGGAGUCUCUUCAGCAGGCCGCAUUUAAGAGAGGUCUCGUACACCUUUUGCCGGUGGCUGGAGCACGAUGGAUCCCCCAGGGGCACUGGACGCGGAGGAUGAAGUGGGGCCGUUAGCCCAUCUUGCCCCAAGUCCUCAAAGCGAAGCUGUUGCCCAUGAAUUCCAGGAGCUGUCCCUGCAGCCCAGCCAGCACCUGCCCCCGCUGAACGAGAGGAAGAACGGAAGUGUAGUCUUUUGGGAGUCAGGACUCCAGUGUCCUCUGCUGACUCAGUCUGUGAGCAUGGUGCUCCAGCUGAGGCUCCAACAGAGGAGGACGAGAGAACAGCUGGUGGACCAGGGCAUCAUGCCACCUUUGAAGAGCCCAGCUGCAUUCCAUGAGCAGAUAAAAAGCUUGGAACGAGCCAGAACUGAAAACUUUUUGAAGCAUAAGAUUCGGAGCCGACCAGAUCGUUCUGAACUUGUCAGGAUGCACAUUUUAGAAGAAACAUUUGCAGAACCAUCCCUGCAGGCUACUCAGAUGAAGUUGAAAAGAGCUCGACUAGCGGAUGAUCUGAAUGAAAAGAUUGCUCAAAGACCUGGUCCUAUGGAGCUGGUAGAGAAAAACAUCCUUCCUGUAGACUCCAGUGUUAAGGAAGCAAUUAUAGGCGUUGGGAAGGAGGACUAUCCUCAAACUCAGGGCGAUUUCUCAUUUGACGAAGACAGCAGUGAUGCUCUGUCUCCAGACCAGCCAGCCAGCCAGGACUCGCAGGGGUCCGCCGCUUCCCCGACUGAGGCAAAAGUUAGUGAAUCGCCGUCUCCCGUGACUACAAGCACUCCGACCCAGCAGUUUACUUCAGUGUCCCCAGCAGUUCCUGAAUUCUUGAAAACUCCUGCUCCGGAUCAGCCCCCGACCAGGUCCCCCGCUCCUGUUCUCCCCACAAACACCGUGUCCUCAGCAAAGCCUGGCCCGUCGCUGGUGAAGCAAAGCCAUCCCAAGAACCCUAACGACAAACACCGGGGCAAGAAGGGCAAAGAUCCCAAGCCGCGGGUGAAGAAACUCAAGUACCACCAGUACAUCCCGCCCGACCAGAAGGGGGAGAAGAGCGAGCCCCAGAUGGACUCCAACUACGCCCGCCUCCUCCAGCAGCAGCAGCUGUUCCUGCAGCUCCAGAUCCUGAGCCAGCAGCAGCAGCACUACAACUACCAGACCAUCCUGCCCGCGCCGCUCAAGCCACUCAAUGACAAAAAUAACAACAGUGGGAAUUCAGCUCUGAACAGCACCACGCCUAAUACACCAAGACAGAAUCCAUCUGCUUCCGUGAGAAAGCCGGGGCCCCUGCCUUCUAGCCUGGAUGACUUAAAGGUGUCGGAACUGAAGACGGAGCUGAAGUUACGGGGUCUUCCGGUGUCGGGCACCAAACCGGACCUCAUCGAACGCCUGAAGCCCUACCAGGAAGUGAACAGCAGCGCUGUUGCUGCCAGCGGCGUCCUGGCGGUGCCAGCGUCUGCCAUCGUCGCCAGCAACCCAGAAGUCACCGUGGCACUGCCGGUGACAACGCUGCACAACUCCGUGACGAGCUCGGGCCCCUCUUUCAAGGCAGAGUUGCCGCCUGCCGGAAGCAGCAACGUCGCCCACGCCGAGAGCGUCAGCUCCCCCCUGCCCAUCUCGCCUUCCCCCUCCGAGCAGUCCAGUCUCGGGACCGAGGACACAAGCAUGGCAGACACGUUCACCGAGAUCAUGACCAUGAUGUCUCCCGCGCAGUUCCUGUGCUCGUCGCCGCUGAGAGUGACGGGCAGCGAGGACAGCCCAAGUCCCGCCAGCAGCACGCUGUCGAGUCUGGAACUGGACGCGGCCGAGAAGGACCGCAAGCUGCAGGAGAAAGAGAAGCAGAUCGAGGAGCUAAAGAGGAAACUGGAACAGGAGCAGAAGCUCGUGGAAGUUCUGAAAAUGCAGCUUGAGGUUGAAAAGCGAGGGCAGCGGCAGCAGCAGCCGCUGGAACCCCAGCCCGGCGCCGCGGCCAGCUCGGCCGGCAAGUUAGAUCCGAAGCAUGGCGGCGUGGGCUCCCCUGUCAAGGACGAGACCGCGCUGCCCGACUGCUCCAGCCCCAGGCGGCCUGGCCCGCUGGCCAGCCAUCCCGUGGGCCAGCCCGUCUCGGCGGGCGGCCAGACCCUGGUUGCCAAAAAGGCCGUAGUGAUCAAGCAGGAGGUCCCCGUGGCCCAGGCCGAGCAGCAGAGCGUCGUCCCGCAGUUUUACGUGAGUUCCCAGGGACAGCCACCGCCUGCCGUUGUCGCUCAGCCUCAGGCUUUACUGACCACACAAACCGCUCAGCUGCUGCUGCCGCUGUCCAUCCAGGGCUCCAAUGUCACCUCAGUGCAACUCCCAGUAGGCAGCCUCAGACUCCAGACUCCACCACAAGCAGGAAUCCAGACUCAGACUCAGCCGCAGACAGCAGCCACCACCCUGUCCUCAGGCUUAGCCCAGACCGUACCUCAGAAGCAAGAAGCUUUCACGCCACAUGUGCUCAGUCAGCCUCAGCAAGUUAGAAAGGGUUUCACGAACUCGGCAUCAAAUUCGGUUCUUCCGUAUGAGAGACCACCUGCUCCAGCGGUCCGGCAGCCCUUUGUGAACAAGACCUCCGCCAGUGUUCUUCAGUCCAGAAGCGCACCACUUGCCUCCCUGCAGAAUGGACCUACCGCUUCCAACAAGCCUAGUUCGCCCCCUCCACCCCAGCAGUGCGCCGUCCAGCACUCCCUGUUUGGGAACCCGGUCCCCAAGACAAAAGACCCUCCCCGCUACGAGGAGGCCAUCAAGCAGACACGUGGCGCCCCGUCCUCCCUUCCAGAGAUUUCCAGUGCACACAGUCAGCAGAUGGACGACCUCUUUGAUAUCCUUAUCAAGAGUGGAGAGAUUUCCCUCCCUAUAAAAGAAGAGCCUUCUCCCAUUUCCAAAAUGAGACCAGUGACAGCCAGCAUCACCACAAUGCCAGUCAACACGGUGGUGUCCCGGCCCCCGCCCCAAGUCCAAAUGGCACCACCCGUCUCCUUAGAACCCCUGAGCAGUUUAUCUGCCAGCUUAGAGAACCAGCUAGAAGCUUUCUUGGAUGGAACUUUACCUUCGGCCAACGAAAUUGUUCCCCUGCAAAGCAGCAGUGAAGACAGAGAGCCCUUCUCUCUGAUCGAGGACCUCCAGAAUGACUUGCUGAGUCACUCAAGUGUGCUGGACCAUUCACACUCACCCAUGGAGACUGCUGAAGCCCAGUUUGCUGCAAGUACCCCCUGUCUGUCACUUGACCUCUCUGACUCAAACUUAGACAACAUGGAGUGGCUGGACAUUACCAUGCCCAACACGUCGGGACUCACUCCCCUCAGCACCACCGCUCCCAGCAUGUUCUCCACUGACUUUCUAGAUCCACAAGACCUGCCGUUGCCAUGGGACUAACAUCACAGAUUUCUCGUCCGAGUUCCUGACAUCUAAGAAGAUGAAGAUCGUUCUGAAGAGGGCAGUUUUUAGAGACAGAUCCAUAGCGGCGUUGUUGCAAAUAAAAUAUGUUGUCAUAGAAAGGGUGGCUAGAUGGUCACAGCCUGGAAACCAAGUGUGAAAACAUGUCAUUGCAUCCGGCGGUGAAUUUCUACAAUUUAACAUAGCACGGGGCCUUCUGAAAAAAAUCACUGGUCAAAGAAGACUCAUUCGUUUUUCCAGACUUCAGUAAAGAAUGCAGAGUACCUUUAGAUAAAGACAUGACAGAGAGUGACGUGUGCAGGAUAACUACAUGAGGGUUCUCCGUCAACUACAUUUAAACCUCUGUGGUCGCUUUAAGACCCCAAAUAGAAGGCAGACGGCUCCACUCACAAGAGGAUGCCAGUUGAGGGAGGGGAGAGGUCCCUGCACGUGGUGUUUCCUAGAAAUGGCCUGAGCCUGGUCAGGCAGCACAGGCAGUGGAGAGAGAGCGCCAGCCAGUUCCGGGACAGCUUCCAGCUGAAGAUUUUCGGUUCCAUUCAGAAACCAACAUAAUUUUUUCUGUGUCGUAGUUUAUUUUGUGGUUUGGGGAAUCUUACUUUAGAUUCCCAAAUUUCAAUUCAAAUGGAUGAUCUUUCACCAUCACCAGACAAUGUAAAAAAGAAAAAAAAAAAAACGGUCAUAAACCACUGUACAAAGUCCACAUAUAAUGAAUGAGAACACUGAAAAUUCUAUUAGCAACCCUCAGGGUUGAUUAGAUUGAUUUUCAUGUGUAUAUUAGACACUUGUAUGUACACUCUCACAUGUGGUAUGUACAGCCUACACUGGGGUAAGGGAUUGGGUAGCCAGCGGUUCUACUUGUUUUAAUAACUCGAAUAUUUCUAGAGUACUUGAGCCAUGUGUAUUUCUGUAUUUAAAGAAAAGCUGACUGAUUUCAGGUAACCAGACCCAUCUCAAAGAACCCAGGAGGCUCCAGUGUGAACGGUCCUCCUGAGCUGGUGAGUUGCAAAGAGAGGGCAGGGGAGAAGGCUGUCGUCAGCCAGGACAUUCCUGCAGCGGCUCGGAGUUAGACUCUCACCAGGCUGGCCGCCAGCCCCCAGCUCUGGCCGCCUCUCCUGUCGCUUUUCCCUGUCAUUUUAUAGGCUUGUAACUGGAUGUCAUACCCGAGUUCUCGCUAUAUUAUCAGGCCGAAGAUUGAAAAACUGGA